AUGGUGAUUCCGAGCACCCGGAAGGGGCACGGCACGACUGGACCCAACAGCUACAGUAACAAUCACCAUGAUGAGGUUGGCGAGACUUCAUUGCAGUUUUUUUUCCGCAAAUUAGUUUUUCAGAAAGCUUUCUUCAUUUUAUGAUUUUUAAGGUUGUUCAUGAAUUAUUCGAAGACGAUCAAGGUUAUCAUAGCUAUAAUUUCGAACUGAUGAAUUGGAGAAAAAAUGUGUUGCCUUGGGAGUGUUUGCGGAGCUUAACUUCUGGAAACAUUUCAUAAAUUUCCAUCCACUGAAAAAAAAACUCGUAACCAACUUUGAAAACUUUCUCACUGAAAAAGGGAAUUUUGCUCUUAUCAUAACUUCAGUGGCAUACAGAAAAAUCGGAUUAUUCCACAAACUCAAAAAUUUCAAACUAACCUUCAACAGCUUCGAAAGCAUUCCUGAAGUUCUGAACCAUUUUCGAUUCCUAAAAAUCCAAUAAAUAUAAAUCAUUCUAUAUUUUGAAUGAAAAGCUUAAAACUUGAUGAAUGUCUCGAAUUUCUGCACCUUCAUUUUUCAGACCGUUCACAGGUUUGGGCAGCAGCGACGGUCGGAGACUCUUGAACCCAAACCAGAGCUCAUUUCAGGUAAUUUCCCUCUGUUGUUUUUUUUUCAUCCGUUGAACUUUUUAGGAGCAGGCGAUACCGUUUUGAAGCUGAAUAUUGGUGGAAUGUCCUUCCGAAUAAGGAUGGUCAGCCUUUUUUCGAGAGCCACGGAUGAAAAACUCGUACAGUUUGCUCAAUUGGACCAUGCUCAGAGACUUGAGGCUUCAGAUGCUUACAUGAUGGUGAGUUUCAGAGAAAAUUCUUGAAGUCACUAUUAAAAAAUGAAGAUUUAUCUUUUUAGCAUGGCUUACUCUAUUUUUGAGUUUGUUUGCUUGAGUUAUCGCUUGAAACCUGAUAGAUGUCACUUUUUUGCGAAUUGCAGAUGUUACGCUCCAUAGAGAUAUAACAUGAGCAGUUAGCAUUCACUUAAGUGCUUGAAAAAUCUAGGCGCGAAGUUCAAAUAUUGCAAUAGCGCAAAUUUUCCUAGUCGAGUUUUUUUUUUUGCGUAAUAGCUGUGUUUCUGUGUUGAAUAGAGAAAAAGGAGAAUGAAAAAUGAAAAAUUGACUCUCUUAACGUCUUAUUGUUUUGCGCUCAAAAAAAAAAAAACGUUUCAAUCAAGUUUUUAUGGAUAAUUUCAAUAAUCUUCAUGAAAUACCAAGUUUCAAGGUUUUUUCGAUCUUUCAAAUACCUUCAUUUAUUUUUAAUUUUCGCUCUCAGGUGAAGUUGGUGUUCUCAUUGAGCUCAAAGAGAAUAACCUUUCUUGUUCUUAGAAGAGUUUUUUCUCCGAUAGUAAAAGAAAAAAUUUGGUCGGUUCAAGGACUCUUGCCGAACCAUGGAGGGCGGCACAAGCAUUUACUUUGGUUCAUGAAAAUUUGAUAGUAUCAUCCAAGAAUUAUUGGUUCAAAUGACGAAAAGUUUGAAUUGUUGCUGUACCGGAUACAAAUCUAGAAAUUUCAAAAAAAAAGGCCAGAGAUUUUGAACAAGCUCUCACUUGAAAUAGAGGAAAACUUCCAAGUCGUCUAAAUUUUAUCGCAUCUUUUUGAAAAUAAAAGAAUCAUAUUUUAUCGCAGCAUUUUUCAUCAAGAAAACUUCAGCCUCAAGAAGAAUACUACUUCGAAAGGUCGGCGAUCCUCUUCGAUGCCAUUUUCAAGUACUACGCGGCUGGACAGCUCCACAGGCCCUUGGACGUCUGUCCUCACGAAUUCGCCGCCGAGCUCACGUACUGGAAAAUCAACGAAAACGCCAUGUCCAACUGCUGUUGGCGAGGGUUCAACAUGUGAGAUUUUCCACGAUUUCUCUUCUUCUCUUUUCUAUCUCACUUUUCCGAAAUUCUUUUAGCGCUAGGAAGAAGGCUUAUCUCGAGAAACGGUAGGUUUGGCUGAGCGUGUUCCCAUGUAGCCAAUUCACUUUCAAAUAACACCGUUGUUUUCGUAAUCCUAUAGUGAUUGCUUGGAGGUUAUGGAAUGAGAAUCAAAGUUCUCGUUCGAAAUUCACGCCUCCUCGCGGUACUGUGUGCUAUUCACCCGUUUACAAUGAUUCGUAGCUUUUUAGAUUUUCCACUCACAGAAAUGUUUCGUGGAUAUAAAUUCAUUUUUCAGGAGUGCGUCCAUGGAAGAGCUGGUCACAAGUAAGAAAGAAAAGGUGAGAAAAAAUAAGAAAGUUUCUCAAUUUAUUCGAAAUUUUACGAGCUGAAAAUGAAUUUUGAAUUAGCCUGGAUAAACUCCUUUCAAUAUGAUUUAUUUCAAAAUCUAAAAUUUUCGACGACACUGAUGCCAUCGGAAUCAGAAUCGAGCUCAGAUUCUCAAAGAACUUUGAAUGAGACAAGAUUGAGCUAUGGAAAAACUUGGGAGAGCUUGAUAUUAAGCGUUUAUUGUGAAAAAUAUAAUUGCAAACACUUUUUCCAAUAUCAUAAGAUUGAAAAAAAUCGAUUCUUGAACGUGAAAAAUAAUUUUUCACAAAAAGCUCAAGGAUUAAAAAUAAACGAUAUGUAUGAAACAAAGUAAAUGAAAUAAAAAUAGAUGAAUAUUCCUUAAGCGGUGGCUAUCCAAAAUGAAAAUUUUGAAAACAAAAGUUAACAUGAUAAAUAGUUUUUGAACAAUUUACUUGGUGAAAAACGAAAAAAUUCAAAUGUUUAAGGUGGAACUCCGGGAUAGCACUACUCGGAUGCGAAUCCAUCAAUUCUGCGAAGGCGAUGGUUCACUUCUUUCAACUCUUUUCACAUUCGGAAGCAUUUCUUUUGUACUUAUUUCUGUGAUUGGCCUUGUUCUGGGCUCUAUACAUGACCUUCAGGUAUUUUUAUCUUCUCAGGAACUCUAAAAAAGAGUUUCUUUAGGUUCCAAUCAGAAAAAAAGGAUCGAAAUCUGAGCGCGUUGAUAACGUAACAGCAGGUUGGGCCUUUUCGACUUUUUUUUGGCAUUGAAACUGUUUCAAAAAAGGCUUUUCACGACAUAAUGCAAUAAUUUCAGAACCCACAGAAUACUCAGGUAAAUUAUUUUAACAACUAAUGCGAAUGGCCUUUUGAAGACUUUUCUGUUCUUUUCUGUGUUUUCAAACCUAACAAAGAGUACACAAAUUGGAAGAGGAUUGAAUAUUGCUGGAAACUUGCUGAAAACUCGCCUUUUGAAAAAUAAUGGCGCUUCAAAAAGCCGGAAGCUUUUUUUUUAUUGAUAUCUUAAAAGUUUACAAACUUUCAACAGAAACUUCUGAAAUGAAAAAAAAACAAAAUCGAAGAUCAUGUACUGUGUUGAACUAUGAAUAAAACCUCCUUCAAAAAAAAAAAUCAGCAAACUUCCAACAAGUUCCAAUCCUCGUUCCUUUGUGCAACUAUUUAAAAAUGUUUUCCUUAUAAUUUUUUCGGUUUGCUAAUAACCUGAGUUCCUCCCCGAAAUUCCUGAACUUUGUUUAACAUUGAAAAUCUCUUGUAACUGACGGUAAUGGUUUGGGUUACCCUGGUCGGUUGAGUUUUUCUCUUUUCCAUGAAGAAUUGCGUCCACAGGAUUGGAAUGAUCCCCCUUUUUCAGACAGAGCCACCAACUUCCAAUUAAGUGAGCUUAUUUUGCUGUAAUUGCGCUAUUCAAAUUGUGCCACGCUUUUUCUUUUUUUCUUUUCUUUUUGAUGACUUGGCAAGAGCAAAAGCUUUUUUGCGCAACUGACGCUUGAAGAGUUGACUGUGGACGUGAUUUGUUGGUACAUCUCUGUGAGUGGUUCUGUUUCUUUCAGUGAACGAUCCAAAUGUUAUCUGGGAGCCGCAUCCGAUUUUCGGCUACGUCGAGACAACCUGCAUCAUUUGGUUCACUUUUGAAUUUAUUCUCCGCUUGGCCGUUACCCCGAAACGGUUUGAAAUGAAUUUCGGUAAUUGAAAAAAGAGAAAAUUGUUAAAGGCUUCAAUUCCUGGUCGGCAUCAUGAACAUUGUCGAUUUGAUUGCGAUCGUCCCUUUCUAUCUUGAAAUGACUUUGGCUCUGUUCGGAAUCGACGUUGCCAGCCUCAGUGAUAUCAAAGGUAGUUUUGGUUUUUGUAUUCAUUGGAAAUAAAGUUUCUUGUUGAUUUAUUUUUAUCGAAUUUUCAAGGAAGACAAGUUAAAUGCCGUGUUCCCCGUAAUGUUAGCGAUUUCCAAAAACGCGUUUAUCGUUUGAAAUAAUUUUGCGUGAGAAAAAUUAGGGUUCCAGGAGCGGUUCAAAAAAGUUUUGUGUUUUAUAACGAUUUAUCGCGAGAUUACGCGAAAGUUUGAAUCUUUUAUUCAAAAAUGCUCAGAUAAUUUCAAAAUUUGAAGUUUUGCGUAAAAAAAUCCCUUUUUGGUGAUGGCCCAUGUUUUUUUGAACGGUUUCCGUAAUUACAAUUGCGCAUAAACGCAAAAUUAUUUUAAAAGAAUAACGUUCGUUUUUGAAAUUGGCGAAAUUACUAAACACCGCAUGAUACCAGCUUCCUGUAUCAUACUUCAUGAACCAAGCAUUCUGUCAAAAAUUUCCGCAAACAUCCAAAAAAAAAAAAUUAAUUUGAAACUAUCAAAAUGGAUUCUGCAUUGAAAAAAACUGUUGUCAAUUUCCUGCUCACAUAGAUUAUUUCUAAAAGAAGUAAUAUAUCAAAAAGAUACAAAUACUUAAUUUCCAGGUGCUCUAUUGGUAGUACGAGUGCUUCGAGUACUUCGAGUCGUACGGAUUUUGAAGCUCGGAAGGUUUCUCAACUUUAUUUAUUAAUCUCUCAUUAUUUUAUUGACUUCUUCAGGUACUCUUCCGGUAUGCGAACAUUCGCAUUAACUCUCCGCAGCUCAGCCCGGCAGUUGGGUAUGAUGGGAAUGGUGAGAAACGACUAGAAUUAUAACAUCGUUCUUAAUUUCUUCAGGUGCUCUCUACUGGCGUUGUAUUUUUCUCCACGUUGCUGUAUUUCGUCGAAAAAGAUGAAAAAGAUACGCCCUUCACUUCGAUUCCCGCGGCUUUCUGGUGGUAAGUUUUUUGAAAAACAAAUUUAGAUAGGAGAGAUCAGAAGAGAGGAAAAUUAUGCAUAAUUUAUGUUUUCAGGGCUAUCGUCACAAUGACAACAGUGGGCUACGGCGACUACGUCCCAGUCACUAUUCGUCAGUUUUUUUCAGAGAAAAAAACUAGCAAAUUAUUUGAGAGAUAGAAUAAUAGAGCUUUUUUUGUUUUUCAAGUUCAAAAAUUGAAGUUUCGAGUUUUAAGGUUUCCGAUUUCCGAAAGGUUAUCCGAGCACCCUACCUUCGCACUAAAAUCAAUAUUGCAGUAUGAUCUAUGGCAAAAACUUGAAAAAAACAAGACGAAAUUAUGUGGGGAAUAUUGGAACUAAAAACAAUGCUAAUUCUGCUUUGGGAUUGAAAAAGUUUGAUCCAAAAAUAACUUUGGAAAACCGAAAAACUAUUCUGAAAUAUUUUUUUCAGCCGGCAAACUAAUCGCGAGUGGAGCGAUUAUCAGCGGAGUGCUGGUUCUCGCUCUGCCCAUUACAAUUAUCGUCGACAAUUUCAUGAAAGUUUCUGGAAAGUAAGUUUUCUGAAGGAAGAAUAUUAUUUCCUUUUUUUUUGAAUCGCUUUUGCAAGUUCCAAUUUUAGCAUUCAUUGCUUUUAGUGUGAUUUGCUAACAGCUUGUGCGAUGUGUUUGAAAACUUUUUUUUCAGUAUUGAUGAGUAAAUGCUGUAUGAAUUUUUCGUGGGUAAGUUCUCAAGUUGCGCCGACCCCUAUCUAUCUCUUUAAGCACAGGAAAAAGACUUUCGUGCACCUUUUUCAAACAAAAAAGUUUACUUUCUUCUUUGAAGCUAUCAUUUUGUUGUUUUUUCUUGAUCUUUUUUGAUCUUCAAAACUUCUCCUUCUUUUGAUCUAUCGGCUUGCAUGGUUCCGUUAAGAUUAUUUUAAUCUUCUCAUACGCAAAUAUUAGUUUUAGAAACAAUUUUAUCGCAUUUUAAUGGUGCUACGCAAAAGGACUUCGAACUAACCUCACAAAUUCAACAUCAGAAAGAGAGAAAAAUAAUAAAAACAAGUAGAAAUUAUUUUAAAAGUUCUUCAUCAUACUUUUGCAUCCUUAUUUAUCGACAAUUUGUUAUUUUGUCGCUUUAUCUUGAGUUUUUCUACAUUUCCCCACAACAGCAAACUUUCAACUAACCCCAACAAAAUGAAGAGUUUUGAUCAACUUGAAAAAUGUAUUCUUCCAAAAAUCCAAAUAAUUCAGUGUGAACGCCAACAUUUUCUCUUCACACGCCCAGCCGCCGCACGAAGAGGAACGUUGA